GGGUGAAUGAGUGAAGAGGAGCAUUAGAAGGAGCAAAGGGAUCUGAGGAUUAAGCUAUGGAGCUUCUUCUGCUCAGCAUGACCAUGCUUGCCAUCAGCAGCUCCUCCAGAGUGCAAAGAGAAGAAGGAGUCCUGUCUAAACCCAUCAUCUCUUACAAAAUCAUCAAGAUCUUUCCAAGAAGCCGAUUAGUUCAUAUUUUAUGCCACUCAAUUCAGGGCCCUCCAAUGAUAAAUUACAUCCUCAUGGGGACAAGUGACAUCACGGUAUCGAAGAAAAUCAUGGAUAAUGGGCUCCCAGCCAGCUUUCCCAUUCUUGCCACAUUCAAGUCUCGGCCAGAUUUACUCAACUACUACUGCCAAGCAAGCACAGCUAUGGGGCAAACAGCCUACAGUGACAUACUGAAGCUCUUCUGGGAAUUGUGGGGUAUGCCAGUGUCCCAGCCUCAGGCCAACUUCACCCUGAUGGGCACAGGAUCAGGACAGAUGGUGGUGGUGUCAUGCCUGGCAUCUAAGGGCAGUCCACCCAUCACUUACAUGCUCUGCAGGAAGGAUGGGUACAUCCUAAUGGAGAAGACACCCCGUCCUGGAAGACCAGCCAACUUUUCCUUCCCAGUAAAUGAACUAUCAGCCUGGUAUGCAUGCCAGGCCAAGAAUUUUGGCAGUAUACAGUACAGUGCCCUCACACUGGUGCCCCCAGAUGAACUUAUAUCAAUAAAGCAACUUGCUAUGACAAGUUUUGGCAUGGAGUUUCAAUGUGACUAUCAUGAAGCAUCACCAUCAUCAUUAGCAAAAGAUCUAUCAAGAUGCAUCACCAUCGUCUUUAGCAAAAGAUCUUGAUGUCAAACAGAUGUUCCAAAGUUCCAAUCCCGAGCAGCUAGGUGGUGCGUGGAUAGAGUGCCAGCUCUGAGUCAAGAAGACCCGAGUUCAACUCCUGCCUCAGACAUAGCUGUGUGACCCUGUACAAAUGACAACCCCAAUUU